AUGCACCAUACUUGUAUUGUCAUAAUAAUUUCUUAUGUUUACCUGGAGUGUACCUUUAAGAAAAGUCACCAGUAUUCAUUGAUUUUGAUCUUUUUUUUUUAUUCUACAGUUGGGAAAACAUCAAGAAUUUUACGCCCCAAAAAUUGUAGUUCUCUGGUAUUAGAUGAUGACCUUCAGUACUAUCUAAAGUUUCCUGUCACUGUCCUUGUCGUGCCAUCCUUCUAUGUAGUCAUAUUCCUCUUGGGACUUCCAGCUAAUGGGAUUGCGUUCUGGGUACUUCUCUUUAGAUCAAAGAAGAUGCCAUCUACAUUUCUACUAAUUAACCUGGCAGCUGCAGACUUGUUGUUUAUGUUGGCAUUGCCUUUUAAAUUUGUUUAUCACUUCCUUGGAAACAACUGGAUUUUUGGAGAAACCCUUUGUCGGAUAGUCACUGCGGUGUUCUAUGGGAAUAUGUACUGCUCUGUGUUCUUUCUCAUGACCAUCAGCAUUGAUCGAUACUUUGCUCUGGUCCAUCCCUUUCUGGCCAGGAGUCUACGUGGUUGGAGAAGUUUUGCAUCUGUCUCUAGUGGAAUCUGGUUGGUCGUGAUGGCUGGUGUCUCAAUAUUCCUUAUUGUCCCCCAGUCAAAAACAUAUAACAAUCCAAAUUUGACAACCUGCCAUGAAGUCUGGGUAAUUUGUGAUGGUUACGAAUGGUACACUAUAUAUUUUCUUGUGCUCUUCAUCGUGGGAUUUGCCAUUCCUUUAAUUGUUAUUUUGCUUUGUUAUGUGUCAAUUUUGAUCACUUUGUCAAAGAAUAAGGAAUCUCACAGUCAGGUGAUAAGACUGAUAAUUCUAGUGGUUGUCGUAUUCAUCUUCUGCUUUACCCCCAGUAAUAUUUUGCUUAUUUUUCAUUACGUGGUAACAGACCGGGAUUGUCACAACCAACUGUACAUCUGGUACAUGGUGGCAUUAUGUUUGACAUCAUUCAACAGUUGUAUCGAUCCAUUCAUAUACUAUUACAUGUCAGAGGACUUCCGGACAAUGGUAAAAAAUACUUUUCACUGGAACAGCAGUGAAAACAGUGAGUCAGUAGAGUGCACGAAAAAAACUAAACUGACUUCAGAGAUGGCCAGAAUAAGUACCUAA